AUGCGUGAGUGGAAAUUUCGUUGUGCUAAUACAACAUGUUUGCCAUUCCUUAAUCUCAUUACGUCGACUAUUAUGAAGUGUCAAAUGGCUUGUUUGGCUCAAGUAUAUUGUAGAGCAGCUAGUUUUUAUCAAUCAACUUCUAAUUGUGAAUUAUUUACUGAUAUGUCAAAUGAAAUUGCACAUAUGCAGCCUGAUACCGACAUUACUACUAUGAUUGUUAUUGCUGGAACACGAUCUCCACCUGGUUCGUAUGAAUAUAGUAGAUUUAGAAAGAGAUCAUUCUGAAAGUAUUGGUGAAUGCAUAUCUGAUAAAGGAUGAUCCUCAGAGCAGUCGAUGGAGUUAUGUAGACUUGUUAAGUAUAGUAUACCUAUCUAAAGUAUCAAACGAUUACAUACUCUGGCUCUGUCAGUGAAAAAAAAUUACCAAAACAUUUUCUAUAAAAUAUACUUUUAUGUUUUGAUGUAUAGCUUUUAAGAAUUUUUCAAAAUCAUAGAGCAUUUUCAUUCUGAAUAUUUUACAUCUCGUUUGAGUUGUGCAUUUUCUAUAUUUGCAUUGAAUCCUCUCAGAAACAACUCAAAGCAUGCAAUGUUGAACGAAGGCAUUACGGAACUCCCCAGAAGCUGCUACAUCCUGUAGCAUAUCACAGAACCUCACAGAAGCUGUCGCAUCUCAUGGAACCUUGAGGAACUUCCCAGAAGCCUCUCCUCCUUGUAGAGUCUCACAGUACCUCCCUGAAGCUGUCACAUCCUACAAGGUUUCCCUGAAUCUUCGUGAAGCUCUCACGUUUUGCAGAGCGUCGCAGAAUCUCUCCGAAGCUGCAACAUCCUACACCGUCAUGCAGCAUUUCAUUAGAGCUACCACAUCCUGCAGAGCCUCACAGAAUCUCAUGGGAAAUGUCACAUGCUGCAGAGCGUCGAAGAAUCUCAUGGAAGCUAUCACAUCCUGCAGAGCCUCGGAGAACCUCAUUAUAGCCACCACGUCCUGCAGUGGUUGGCUGGAGUUUCGAAAAGCCUCCACAUCCUGCAGAGCCUCGAAGAAUCUCUCAGAAGCUGCCACACCUUGUACAGCCUCGCAGCACCACAUAAGAGCUACCAUAUCUUGCAGGGCCUUGGAGAAUCUCUUAGAAGCUGCCACACCUUACGCAGCCUCGGAGAACCUCAUUAUAGUCACCACGUCCUGCAGUGGCUGGCAGGAGUUUCAAAAAGCCUCCACAUCUUGCAGAGCUUCGGUGAAUCUCUCAGAAGCUGACAUGUCUUACACCGCGUCGCAGCACCCCAUAAAAGCUACCAUAUUUUACAGAGUCUCGCACAAUCUUCCGGAAGCUGUGACAUCCUACAGCGUUUUGGAGAACCUCAUGGAAGCUGCUACAUCCUACAGGACCUUGCAGGGUCUCCCUGAAGCUGCCACGUCCGUGAAAGUCUCGCAGAACCUCCCAGAAUCUGCGACGACCUGCAAUGUAUGAUGCAGGAGCUGUAGAACCUACUAAAACCUGCCAUGUUCUGCAGUGCUGCAUGCAGGACGUCUUUUGUACGUUAAGUAUAUUGUUUUACAUUGAUCCACAAUAUGUAGGAACAGGAUAAGCUGUUUUUGAUGAUGUAGGAGUUGCGGACGUGAGAGAAAAUGCAGGGCUCGGAAAUAAAAUAGCUGCGCAAUUAACUUAAAAUCGUAAAAGAGUUCGAUACAGCGUAUAUCUGUGAGGGUAAGUGGGUGCAUGAGAAUUAAUGUGGGCUUCAAUGUACAUUUUAGUUUUGAUGCGGACGUGGGUGACGUGAGCGUCGGUAUAUGUAUGGGAAAUGCAUUAGUCUUUUACCCUCAAUCACCCUCACGUAUACCUAUCCACACCCAUAUCAAUCCACAACUGCAUCUACACCCUCACGUAUACUAGAGAACACUAUAUGUGAGAAAUACAAUUAGUUAUAUGAAGUAUAAUGUUUAUUAUGACAAGAAUGAAUAUGUGCAUAUUUUUCUUAUCAAAGAAUUUUCCUAGUGAAAUCAGUUAUUUAUGAGAGAUUAGAAAUUUCCGAAGAAAUCAGAAUAAAAAAUACAAACUUUCAAUGAAGCGCAUCUUGAGCGAAAACUCCCUUGAGCCGAAUGAUUCGUCGCGAGAGUUGUUUUCAAAUUCUACUGACAGAAUAUCUCAGUAAAGAAAAUCCUUUUCGGAGUCGAGUCAGCCUUAUUGAAAUGAAAGAAUUAAUUUCAGCGAAUAGUAAAGGAAUAGCAAAAUCAAGCACAGAAAACCUUAGAAUAUCACAGCCGCGCCGCCGAUGACCCUACCGGCUUACAUCUCUAAAUGUAAGCUACCUAAAGAUUUACUCUUCUCUUAUAAUGCAUUUACAUUUAUAACAGAUAUAAUAAUUCGAGAAGA